AUGUUUGUUCGGCGCGGUUCGGUCACAAUGGAACCGCUCAAACGAAUUGUACUGGACGAAGUUUACGAAGUUUACAAGCAGCUUGGUACCGGUCGAUUUGGCUAUAUCAAAUUAGCGGAACACAAAGAAUCGAAACACAAUAUUGCGAUUAAAUUCUUUCCACGACCGCAAAUAAAACAGGUGGUCCCUUUUUGCAUCCCCUCAAAAUAA